AUGAUCCGACGCACCUUCUCCCGUAUUACUCGCAUGGACUUCCAAAUACUCUAUGGGGCCUACGUCAGACCGCUCCUGGAGUACGCCAACCAAGUUGUCUACUCAGGACGUACGAAAGACGUUACCCUCAUUGAGCGUGUCCAGCGGGCCGCCACGAGAAUGGUUGCCGGCCUCAAGUCCGUGGACUACGAAACGCGUCUCGCGACGCUUGAUCUCUUUCCCCUGGAGUACCGCCGCCUCCGAGGGGACCUAAUUCUUACCUACGCCCUGUUUGAACAAAGCUUGCCAAACAGGUUUUUUACCGUUGACCCAGCAAACACCCGGCGGGGACAUAGACUGGAGGAUAUGUUUGCUAGCACAACCACCGUUGUUGGAUGGGCUCAUGUCCUUCAACCACGCAGCCACAAUGCGUCGAAAAAGGGUCGUUGUUUGUCCGCACUGAUUGAAGUCCACGCGCCAGUUCGGUUGUCUGUGCAGCAUGGUUGUUGCGACGGUUUGUCUCUCUGCUUUCGCUUAUCUUUGCAGGCUCAGAAGAAAAAGCCCCAAAAGUCUUCGGGAAAGAAGAAGCAGGUUCAUCGCUUCACAAUCGGAUGUGCCCCGAAAGUGAUAGAUGAAGAUAUCUUGGACAUGGUGUCCCUCGAGAAGUACCUGAAGGAACGCAUCAAGGUUAACAACAAGUUAAAUAACCUCGGUAAGGAGGUACAUAUCGAUCACGAGAGCAACUCUGUCACCGUCACGGCCAAUAUACCAUUUUCUAAGCGGUACCUCAAGUAUCUAACGAAAAAGUACCUCAAACGCCACAAGCUCCGUGAUUUCCUCCGCGUGGUUUCAAAAUCUAAGGAUUCAUACGAACUUCGAUUCUACAAUUUUGAAACGGAAGAUACAGACAACGAGGAUGAAGACUAA